AUGUCCUCACGACUUGGCAAUCUCAAAGCCUCUGCUUUAGAAGCAGCAUCCCUCUUACUAGAAACAUUCUCCAACAAGUCCAUCACUCGUCGUCAACUCAUCGAUGCAAACCAACUACAAAAGCUCGCCCUCACCCUCAAUCGGCCCACCUUGAACGGCAAAGACGUUUCUGAGCAUCCACCUGCCAAGGGAACACCUGUACCGCCUGGUUACCACCUUGUGUAUUUCACUCCAAAUGGCACGGAAGAAGAACUCGGUAAUGAUGGGAGUGAUACGACGUUUAGUGCAUCUGCACCUUUUACAAGAAGGAUGUGGGCUGGAGGCAAGAUGACUUGGGCGACUGACCUGUCGCUUCGUGUGGGUGAUGAUGUCCAUGAGACAACGAAGCUUUUGAGCGCGACGCCCAAGAAGAGUCGAUCGGUUGGUGAGAUGGUCCUUGUAGAAGUCGAGAAAGAGUACUGGGGUGAAAAAGGCUUGCUGUUGAAGGAUCGUCGAUCAUGGGUGUUUAGGCCUGAGAUUGACCUAGAUGCAGUCAAGGAAGUGCCAAAGCACCUUGACAACAUCGUCCGAGGCCCAUCUAUCAUUAAGGAUAUUGAUGCUCAGAGUGAGGGUUAUCCUAUAAGAGAACUUCGCUGGUCACCAGUUGGCCUGUUCAGAUUCUCAGCCCUAACGUUCAAUGGACACAUGAUACACUACAACCAGGAUUGGACUCGGAAUGUAGAGGGUCAUCCUGGUGAAGUUGUCCAUGGACCUCUGAACCUGAUCAACCUGCUUGACUACUGGCGGGACAUCCACGGCAACGGUGAAAGACCUCGAGAAAUCUCAUAUAGAGCUUUGUCGCCGUUAUAUGCUGGCCAAACUUACAAUAUCCGAACUGACGUCAUCAAAGACACAGAGAAUGGAAAGAUGUGUGAUGUUCUCGUUGAAAGAGAGGGAACAGUCUGCAUGAAGAGCGAAAUCACUGCGUAG